AUGUCAAAGCCUACAUUCCUAAGGAGAUUCUACACCAAAGGAGGUGACCCGGACCCAGGGAAAAGCAUUUCUAAGUGUAGCAACAACACCAAGCUCUUUGAUAGUCUCAUAAAAUUCCUCACCGACGACGAAUGGAAUGAAAUCAGUGACUCCAGGGUUAGUAUCUUUCUAAGGUUCUGUGACCUUGAAUUCGAGUGGGCUUCAAGGAUAGUGCAUGCUAUGAUUUCUUUCCACAUUGCAUGCAAGAAGAAGUAUGAGAUAUGGAGCGUUGUUGGGGCAAAUCCGAUCAAAAACUGUAGACCUCAAACAGGUUACUUUUGCAAUUGA